CUUCAUCUGAGGUGGCGGAGCGGAGGUGGAGAUGUUUUCAUCUCUCAUGACCCUGGAUUUCCUGAUCAAAGCAAGAAAGGAGUUUCAACAACAGAGGGUUUAUUGUUCUUUUCCUUGGUGCACACGGAACCCCAGCUUGGGCGUUCACCACCUGCUUAGGGGAGGAGUGGCCAGAGCCGGCCUGUGCCUGGACCCGAGGCUGCUGACCCCUGGGAGAGGACCUGUGUGCAGCCCCCAAGCUGCCACCCGUGGUCAGGCUGGGUGCCAGCCCAACUCUGAAGGCCACAUUGUCUGCACCUCUGCAAAGGGUCUCUUCCUACCGUCUGACUGCCCCCUCACCGGUCAGCUCUUGGAGGAAAACCCGUGGUAGGGUGAGAAGGGAUGGACGCUUCUCGUGCAUGAGAAGUCCUGCAGACCUUGAUCAAGUCAGGAGCUGCAGACGGAAAGCCUCGUCCAUCUGUGCAGUCAUCUAGGGUGUGUCCAGUUUGGUGAGUUGUCCGAGAGCGGACGUUAUCCCUGUGUGAGCUCUGGAAAGGAAGGACCUCGAGGUGAGCAGCCUUCCGUUCGGAUGCCAUCGGAGAGAAGAGCAGAGCCUGAGGGCGUGGGGGUGGCGGCCUGGUGGAGCGCGUCCAUGUGGAGGGGCAGGCAUCCACUGUCUCGGGCAGGGCUGUCCUUGAGGCCACAGUGGUUGGUCAGGAGGUGGCACUGGAAGCUGAGGUGUCAUGGACAAGUGUGGCCUUGGUCCCGUCUGUAGCACAGCUGCCCUGCAAAUGGUCCCUGUGUGACCCGAGUCGCUGUUCUGCUGGCCUUGAGAUGGGACUGUGGCUUUCCAGGUUUGGAGCCUAACCCUGUGGGCGCCCAGGCUGGAGACUGGCCUGGCCGUGUCUGUGACGGUGACGACGUCGGCCCACCUGCCUCCUCGGGGUGCUCACAGCUGGUCACAGCGACGUGAGUAAGGAGAGGCAAUGGGAGGGACACAGGUGUGUCCCGCACCUCCUCUCAGCUGGGCCUGCCAGGGGCUUGUAGGGUCUCGGGGCCCUCGGCUUCCUGGAGAUUCUCUCUCACAGCAUCCUCUCCUGACCCCAUGGAGGACAGGGCUCUGUCCUCGCCUGCCCGCUUUCUGUUGCCCUGCUGGUCUGUGAGUCAUCUGUCCCGCCCGGCCCCCAGCCCAGCACCCAGACCCGCCCUGCAUCCCAGGCAUCUCGGGUCUCCAGUGACGGGGAGACCACAGCCCCAGUCUGCCCCAUGCUGGGUCUGUGGUCCCCUUCCCGCCAGAUGUGGGAGACAUAGCUGCCAUCCUCAGAGUUCAAGGGCGGUCUUUACUGAGAUUUUGCAAAACUCUCCUUUUCUGUGUUUUAAUUGAGAUGGAUUUGUACCUCAUCCUCCGAUUAAACUAAACUUAGCAGGUCCCCCUUUGGAGCAGAGUUGGAAAAGAAACCCAGUCCAUGUGAAGUCAUGCCUCCUCUUUCUUGCUCUUGAUAUCCACAGCCGUGUCCCUGGGGCCAAGCUCUGGGUCCUCCUGGGCCAGCGGAGGUGUCUUUGAAGCCGACAGCUCUGCCUGCAUCCCCAGGAAUCAUUGCUCCUGCACCCGUGUUUAUAGGGCUCGUUCCUUUAGUGAUGUUACUCGGCCCCCAGUAAGCACGUGCGGCUCACACAGCUCGAUGCCGAGUUCACAGGCUCGCUCCCAGCAGACCCCAAAUCGCCCCCCGCCCUGUGGAGGCCAUGGCCUUGGCCCAGCAGGUGUGGUCCUGGAGGUGUCCUUCUGCUGUCGCAAGAUGGCAUUUUUCCUCUCCCUCGCCUCCAUGAAGUCUUUACAGUGAAACUAUACAUUCUUGUAUGUUUUAAUGAAUCCAGUAGCUGUGCUCGCCUAUUUAUCAAAUCUCGUUGCUGGGUAACUGGCAGCUGUAAGUCAUUGUGCCAUUCUGCUGGUAACUCUUUCAGUCUUAGUUCAUGAAAUGGUCGGGGCGUUUUCUAGACUCGUCAGUGACCACAGUCAGUUUUUAAACAGUCGCCCUAAUGUCUUCCUCACCCACCUCGUCUCACGAAUUGGGUUUAUCGAGCACGGUCCUAACAUUGCUUUAGAUCUCUAAGAACUUCACGAAGAACGUUCUCCGCCCCCCCCCCCCAAAUGUUUAUAAAGCGAGACGGUCUGUGAGGAUCGGAUACAAGCUCUUUGGGAAAGCGUGUCAGAAGCAGGUGCGCCCCGGUCCUGCAUGGAGCGGUCGCCGUGGUAACCAGCUGUAGAUGUGGACUCGGCUCCCCAGGCUGGGGGCACCCCUGAAGGAUGUACAGGAAGGUUUGCAUUUCUGCAGAUAUCAGUCUGGCCACAGCAUGCAGACCGACCUGGAGGGAGAUGAGACUGGAGAAAGGCCCCUGGGGAGGCUGUUGGUGACCAGCUGGAAGGUGGCGCCAGCCGCUGUGGGCAGUGGGCGUGGAGAAGGUGGAGGAUAAUCAGGGGAUUCACGAGAUUUGAUGCAGACAGCAUUUGGGGGGAAGAAGCAAUUUGGUGCAUGCUGAAUUGAAGACAAGUAGGUGUGGACAGCACAUUCCUGUGGUGCCAAGAGGUCAAGUAACUGAGCGUCUGUUGGGAUAAGUGGGGACAAGUGGGUCCUGACUCGGGACAUUGGAAGUUAGACUCCAGGUGGCAUGAAUGAGGUGGCCUUCGGGAGUUGCUGUGAGCAGGAGAUGGGAGGAAAGCGUGUCCAGGAGCCCCUGGCAGGAGUGUGCAGCGUGUGGGGUGGACACCCCGUGUCCUGCAUCGUGAAUAUCCCGUCCAUGAGUGGCGAGUGUUCCUGCCUCAUAUCUUACCCCCACCGCAGCCCCAGGCAGCGCUCUCUGCACACGCCUCCCUCCCUCUCUGCCUUGAUGCCGUGCGAGCGGGCAAGGUGGGGUAAGGCGCCUGGCAGGCUCCCCCAGGCCUUCCCCCAGGUGCCCAUGGGCCGGCACCUGCACAGCAUCCUGUGACAGGCUCCUGACAGAGGGCAUGGGUGGAGGGAUGUUGAUGAAGACCCAGUUCUGGGUGGGCUGCCAUGGCUUCUUCUCUGCUUUGGAAUCAUGGAGAGAGAGAAGAACAACUCACUGGAGCACGCAGGAAUGCCCUGACUAAACUUUCCCCUCUCUCUCUGUGAGUGCCCCCACCCCUUCUCCUCUGGGGACCUUUUUUCUCCCCACAAAGCCCUGCCCGGGAGAGCCAUUCCUCCUAAACCACGGGCAUCCUUCCCUGCCCGGGGGUGUCCUGGCCCCGUGGAGCGAGCCCACUCUCCUGCCUCUGGAAGUUCCCACCAUCUGUCCAUCUGCCAGCUCCAAAGGGCUCCCACUUUAGGGUGAGGAGAGCACCAGGGCAGAAUCCCCUCGGUGGCCUCAGCCUGUCUUUCCUUCUCCCUCCCAGCAAGGCUCACCCUCCUCGGAACCUCUCUCAGGAGCCAGCCACAGGGGCGUGGAAGAUCCAGGCCCUGUCCACAGCCUGGCCUCCAUGGCAGCUUUCUCUCUGUCAACUCUGUCCCCACUUCUCAGGCUCAUGGUCCCAAUGCCAGGCCUUUCUUUGAUCCUGCUGGUCGUGGUCCCAGAGCACACCUCCAUCACUGCUGCUGGCCUGGCCCAGCUGCCUCCCAGCUCCUCCCCUGCCUUUCCAGCCCUGUCCCCCCAGGACCACCUUCUCCUCCUCUCUCGCUGUCUCCUGUGGUUUUUACUUUCCUUUUGGGGCAUUUCAUCAUAUUCUGCCUUCAUUUCCACUAUACAAACUGAUGUUUUAUCUUCCUAGUUAACCCCCCAUGCUUGCUCAUUGGAGCCAACUUUCCUUGUCUCUCUGUGCCGGUGAGCCCCUCGCAGAGCCCGACUCAGUGGUCUUAGCAUAGGAGGUGCUCGCUGGGCCCCCAAGGCAGCUUCCCGAGGUGCGUGUUCACAUGUGACUUCCACAUGAUUCAUCGUGUCAGUCUGUCCCCAGCCCAGGCGGGUGGGGUGUCAGCCCGAUUAAUCCCUGCAGGGUCGGGGGGCAGCCUGGCCUGAGGUUGUCCCUUUCUUGCUGUUGGUGUCAUUCUCAUACUUGGAGCCCCGGAGAAACCCUAAAUCCUACAACAGACCUGUGGGCUAUUUGUAGACAGUUCUUUUAUCCCAAGAAACAGUUUGGUCUUAGUGUUGCUGAACUGAGUCCACUGUCACUCUCUUUCAAGCCUAAGGUAACCAUCCCGAGAUGGAAACAUUCUAUUGUCCCUUCUGCUAGUUUGUCACCUUCACAUGUCAGACAUUAACCUCAGUGAGUCCUCACAGUGCUUUUUAUUAAUUGGCAUUUGUUUCAUGAGCCAGAGAUGCACCUGUUGUGUUAUUGCGCUGGAGAAAAUGUGUUGGGUGUCGAAGAAAGGCUUGUUCACAGCUUUACGUAAAGCAAAUCUGUGGCAUUGAUGUCUGCUUAGCAACACAGGGAACAGCAAGUCUAUACUGUAGGGUCAGAGUAAGCCACACGCCCAUCAGACAGUAGCCACCUUCAGUGUGCGUGUGUGCGUGUGUGUGGACACACCCACCGUGUGCGGACUCGUGGGUGCACCCAGAAAGCGUGUUGCGUUGACUUUAGACGGCUGAAGGAUGAUGUCAUAAUUCUUUGUGCUUGUUGAAAAGUGCUCAGGUUCACGGGAACAGUUAGAAGAUUUUAGGGCGGCUUUAGGGAUAAGACUGAGCCAUCUGCUCCCCGCACACAGACACGAAAGCUCGCUGAGGAUUCCCAGCAAAAAACGCUGGGUAGCGGCUGACCCAGAAGCCUCCAUUGCUUCUUUGGGGCCUGUUUCUUGGUCGCUUGGUGUCAAGGGCAGGUGGUUUUAUCCUGUUAGACGGUAAACCCCGGUCUGAUGUUUCUCUCUCCCGCUCCCCACCCCCGAUCUCGUGCUUUCGGGAAGAGAGAAUCACAGUGAGAUCGAACGGCGCCGGCGGAACAAGAUGACACAGUACAUCACGGAGCUCUCCGACAUGGUCCCCACGUGCAGCGCGCUGGCCCGAAAGCCGGACAAGCUCACCAUCCUCCGCAUGGCCGUGUCACACAUGAAGUCCAUGAGGGGCACAGGGAACAAGUCCACGGACGGUGCCUACAAGCCUUCCUUCCUAACGGAGCAGGAACUGAAGCACCUCAUCCUUGAAGCGGCCGAUGGAUUUCUGUUCGUCGUGGCAGCCGAGACGGGGCGAGUGAUUUAUGUGUCCGACUCUGUCACCCCCGUUCUGAACCAGCCACAGUCAGAGUGGUUUGGGAGCACCCUCUAUGAACAGGUGCAUCCCGAUGACGUGGAGAAGCUGAGAGAGCAGCUGUGCACCUCGGAAAAUUCGAUGACAGGCCGGAUCUUGGACCUGAAGACGGGGACGGUCAAGAAGGAAGGGCAGCAGUCGUCCAUGAGGAUGUGCAUGGGCUCCCGGAGGUCCUUCAUCUGCAGGAUGAGGUGUGGAAAUGCUCCUUUGGAUCACCUUCCUCUAAACAGAAUAACCACCAUGAGGAAAAGGUUCAGGAAUGGCCUUGGCCCUGUCAAAGAGGGAGAAGCCCAGUACGCUGUGGUCCACUGCACGGGAUACAUCAAAGCUUGGCCUCCCGCAGGAAUGACCAUCCCUGAAGAAGACGCUGAUGUGGGACAGGGCAGUAAAUACUGCCUGGUGGCAAUCGGGAGGCUCCAGGUGACCAGCUCUCCCGUGUGCAUGGACAUGAGCGGGAUGUCAGUGCCCACGGAAUUCUUAUCCCGGCAUAACUCUGAUGGGAUCAUCACAUUUGUGGACCCAAGAUGCAUCAGUGUGAUUGGCUACCAACCCCAGGAUCUUCUAGGAAAAGACAUUUUGGAGUUCUGCCACUCGGAGGAUCAGAGCCAUCUACGCGAGAGCUUUCAGCAGGUGGUGAAGCUCAAAGGCCAAGUGCUGUCGGUCAUGUAUCGAUUCCGCACCAAGAACCGGGAGUGGAUGCUGAUCCGCACCAGCAGCUUCACCUUCCAGAACCCCUACUCUGACGAGAUCGAGUACAUCAUCUGCACCAACACCAACGUCAAGCAGCUUCAGCAACAGCAGGCAGAAUUGGAAGUGCACCAGAGAGAUGGGUUGUCAUCAUACGACUUAUCGCAGGUUCCUGUCCCCAACCUACCAGCCGGAGUCCACGAGGCCGGGAAGUCCGUGGAAAAGGCAGACGCAAUCUUUUCCCAGGAGAGGGAUCCCCGGUUUGCUGAGAUGUUCGCUGGAAUCAGUGCGUCGGAGAAGAAGAUGAUGAGCUCAGCCUCGGCGGCAGGAACCCAGCAGAUCUACUCCCAAGGAAGCCCCUUCCCCCCAGGUCACUCGGGGAAGGCCUUCAGCUCUUCCGUGGUCCACGUGCCUGGAGUGAAUGACAUCCAGUCCUCCUCUUCAACCGGCCAGAACAUGUCCCAGAUCUCUCGGCAGCUAAACCAGGGUCAGGUGGCAUGGACGGGGAGUCGGCCACCCUUUCCCGGACAGUCCAGCAAGACUCAGUCAUCUCCCUUUGGGAUUGGAACGAGCCACACCUACCCGGCAGACCCCUCCUCCUACAGUCCUCUCUCCAGCCCAGCUACCUCCUCGCCCAGCGGGAACGCCUACUCCGGUCUGGCCAACAGGACUCCAGGGUUCGCUGAGAGUGGACAAAGCAGCGGGCAGUUCCAGGGGCGGCCGUCGGAAGUCUGGUCGCAGUGGCAGAGCCAGCACCACGGGCAGCAGAGCGGCGAGCAGCACUCGCACCAGCAGCCUGGUCAGACCGAAGUGUUCCAGGACAUGCUGCCCAUGCCAGGAGACCCCACCCAGGGCACCGGGAACUACAACAUCGAAGACUUUGCCGACCUGGGCAUGUUCCCGCCCUUCUCCGAGUAGCUGCAGGCACAGCCAGGCCCCCGCCGGGCAGCGCCACCCGCGCGGUGACAUCGCCAACCACGGGCGCCGGGUCCCCCUCCCCCCGCCCGCCCGGCGCCAGGACCCCCCAGCAGAAGGCGCCUCGGCCCCCGUGUCCCCCUUGGUGCAGCGUCACUUAGCUCCCGCCCACGGCCACGGCUGCCUGGCCCCUGACCAGGAGCCCCAGUAGACGUUGGGGGUCGGCUGUGUUUAUUGUAUUUUCUCUGCGUGCUUGGGAGCUGAGCCUGCUGGGUCCUUGAAGUCUGGUUGUGAAUAAUCUCGUGAUGGACGAUUUCACUGUAAAAAGUCUGCUUACAGCCCAGAGUGCCGAUCAGCACCAGGCCACCCAGGAGGCUGGAGUGAGUCCCUUCUGCCUCUACCGUCUGCAGAUGGGCGGGGUCAGGGGGUCAGGAGAGGCGGCAAGGUGCACAGCCCCUGUCCCCUGAGCUGGGGACCAGGAGCAUGGGGAUGCGGAGGUGGACGCUGCCCCCAGCCUCCAGCUUGGCCAGGUCCGGCUGUGCGCCCCCAAUGCCGUGGCCUGUGUGUGCUCUGUGCUGUGUGACUGCAUCCCCGUCCUGAUGGAGGUGUCAUGCCCACGUCUGUCAUGUGCAGCCUGAGUGAGUGUCUAGGAUCUGGGGUGCUAAGGAGCGAGGCCCCAGAUUUGCAGCCCCCGCCCUAAGCUCGCAGCUCCCUGCCUGGGGGGAGCUUGGCCCCCGUCUGGACGCCCUGCUGACAGGUCGGAGGGAGCAGUGGGCACACCCCAGUGUCCCCAAGAGUCAUGGCUGGGAACCUGCUCACUUUAAUGGGUCAGUUCUGUGAUCCAGGCCCCUCGGUGUGGAUUGAGGUGUCCUCCUCUGAGAGAAACCAGCCCCCCUCCUACGGGAGACCCCAGGAGACCACUCGCCCCUCUCUCACUGGGUCUGAGGAACAGCUCUUCCUGGUUGUUGCCCAUCCUUGCUCCAUCGUCCCCACCCAGUGCCUGAGGGAGGCCACCCUGAGGUCACAGAGCCCUUCUGUAGAGGGGGGUGGGCAGGACGCCCAGCCUCCUGACUUCUGUGCCCUGCAGACUCGCUCCCUAGGACCAGCCUGGGGGGUGCACCUGCUUAGUGGCCCAGGGGAUGGUGUGGGCGUGAAUCCACCGCAGAGCCGGGACGUGAAACCCGUCCCUAAGGCCAGUCGGGCCUGCCUUCUUCAGCUGACCAGGAGCAAGGGCGACCCAGGAGGGGCAGAGUGCAGGCGUGUGGGCAGAAGACAUGGUUCCAGGUCUGGUUCUGGUUCUGAUUCUGUCACACACUCACCAGGGCCUUGAAUUCCUCAGGCAGUCUCAAGACAGGAGUAAGAGCUGACUUCUAGAAACUUCCGCCCAGCUGACCUCUGAGUCCAUGGCCCCUGGCUCGAGGUGUUUCCCUCCGAUUUGAGGAGAUUAGUUCAAGAAUCAGUCCCCUGUCGUUUCUUAGCUUUGCCCCUCCACUCGCCCACUAAGCAGGGCUCACUCAGCCUCUCUGUUCCCUCUUUUCCUGACAGUCCCACCAGCUCGUGACUCCCAUGGGGAGAUGAGCUACGCGGGGCUCCUCGGGGCAGGAGGAGCCCACCCCCAGCAAGGCCCUGUGUUCCUCCCAGAGCCCCUUCUGGCAGGCGUCCUCAGCCCCUGUCUCAGAGCCCCCAUGGAUCCCUCCCCUUGGGCCUGGGCAGUGGAGCUGGUCCCGGACUGCCCAGUGCAGAGCGAGCCGCACAGGUAGGACAUAGCCAGGGCACGUUGCUCUGACCCUCUAGAAGCUCUGCGCCAACGCCAGCCCUGUCUGUCUGACUCCUUGUGCCCAGUCGUGCGCAGGAUGCUCCCCCUGUAAAAAUCCAGCGUUGUUGGGCAGCAUACCGAUGCCGUUCCUAGACUGUAAACUAACCCUGGCGUCCGUUUGCAGGGCGACUUCAAUCCUUUUGUGGAUAGUGGAGGUUGGGUCUUGGGUUUACAUACACGUGCCAUCCUUUUUCCCUCAGGAGCCUUUGUGCUUCCAGGGAAAAGGCUGGUGGUGGAGACCCCCACAGCCCACAGUUCAGACCCAGAAGGGACUCCCCGGCCGGCCCUGCCCCUGGGGCCACCUCUGCCUCUGCAGCCUCGAGCUUGCCCCAGGCAGUGGACAUAAUUAUUUCCAAGAAUAGGGCAAAAACAGCUUUCGGAUCAAAGAAUGGUUUCUCGGGUAAGUGAAAACAGGCUUUCCGUGGCCUUUAGCCUGUGAGUGUGGAAGUUCUGGGGGUUUUAUGUUCGUUUUCUCCUUUUGUUUUUUGGAAAGAACUUGGUGAUUUUCUUAGGUACGUGUGCUAGGUAGACAUGCUGGCUGUGGGCCUCCCACAUAUCGGGUCUGUGCUGGGCCAGGAGGACGCGCAGAGGAACAGAAGAGCCUUGCUCCCAAUGACCUUUCAGUUACUUCCCUCACGUAAACAAAGGUUGGGGUGAGGACAGCUCAGUUCUUAGCCCUGGAAGACGAGGAUUUUUGGGGGGCUGGAAGCGCACAUCACGUCCUGGGGCGCAUCAUCACUAGACAGGCCGGGCCUCGUCCCUUCCAGCGUUGGCCCAGGAGCACCAGCAGGGACUCUGAUUCGAAUCUGACGGGCUCACUAGUGUUCCCUCUUUUCUGUCCCCCUCUCAGAACCCGUCACGUGGCCAAUAAGAAAACAGGCUGGGAGGAUCCCACACCGAAGGGAUUCUCUUCCCAAAGAAUUUUGAGACCAACUGGAGUAAGAAUGAAAGCCCUAGAGGAUCUAUUUAUCCCAGGUUGGAAGAGGACCCCCCCAUGCCAGUCCCGCCCAGCCAGGAGGCCGGAGAGCCCUGGGCCCUGUUGCAGCCUGUCCUUCAGCCCGUGCCCCAGCCUGGACUCCUCUCCUACUAGAGGUGGAGUGGGAGCUGGAUUGGGAAGGGGAGAGGCCCGUAGGAGUGGGUUUGGCUCUGGGCUCACAUACUCAUCCCGCCUCAUCGCAUCCGCUAGAGUUUAGCUGGCUCUCCUCAAACUGAGCAAGCAGAGGGCUUCCCACGCUGUGGCUGCCUGAGCCACUGGCGAGGACAGAAACACAGCCACGUUGAGGCUCAGCUAGGACUUGGUUAGUGACCAUGAUAGUGGCGAAGAAGGUUCUAGAACAUUCACCCUAUAUGGUGCUUCCCACUAGUCUUGCGUUUAGCUUUGGGUGGGGAGUGACAGAGCCAUCCAAACAGCCACAUUCUUCUCCGCUUUCCAACACAUCAAAUUCAACCCUUUUGCUGUGUCGUGGAUACCUGUUGCAAAUAAUGGGAGGAUUCUAAUAGUUGAUGGCACUUCCGUCGGGGAGCUUAAACCUUCCAUGCUGAUCAAGGGGCCGUGUGUUCCCCAGACGGGCCACACUUGACAGUGUCAGCGUUCCUUCUGGUCUUAGCGCGGAGAUGAGGCAGGCCCGGGGAAGUGACUGAUGGUCCCGUUCCCCCACGUUGGCACCCAGGGCUGCAGAUGAGCUCUGCUGGGCCGUGAGCACUCACCCACCUGCUCCUUGACAGAUAUGACCCAUCACACAAGCGGAACCAAGCGGAUGACCUGACAGCGCUAGCCAGUAACAAGUCAGCAUAGACAUGUUGUUUGUUUUACCAGAAAAUACGGGCCGGUCGUUAGGUCACUGUGGCCUGACUUGCUAGGGUCCACCCCCCUGCCUUCCCCACCAGAUCCUCGUCUUGUGUGCUCAGGGGCCACCUCGUGUCCGCACUUUCCCAAUGGCCUGGGGUCUGGGAAACAUGAAGGGGCCCCCGCCAGGGAGCAGGCUAGUUCUCAUAGGUGGGUGCACCUGGGUCUCAGGCCAAAGCUGGUUUCGUGGUCGAGCACUGGCCACAGCCUGUGGGGCACUGGCCAUGGACGUGCAGACGAAGGUCUUGCGGGCUAUGUUGGGCCAGGGCGGCUUGCUUCCUGCCACCAUCUCGUUCUCCUUCAGAAACGAGAGAUUUCACAGAGCGGCUUCCGGGGACCGUUGGAGCGCUUCAUCCUUUCUCUCCUAACUUUUCUCCUCAUGGAUGUGCACUGUGCUGUGGGUAAAUCACCAUUUGUGUUUGAAUGUCGUUGAUGACUAACGGUGAUUAAGUCGGUUGUGUACAUGUGUAACUAAUGUAACUGCCUUUUAAAAUUUCAUGACAAUAAAGCUGACUUUGCUCUGAACGAUGA